UCAUCACUCACGUAGACCACAGCGCCACGCCACGCCGCGCCUACCCUUACCGCACGUAGCGUAGCUACUAGAGAGCCGGCUAGCUAGCACAUUUCAUUGAUUGUCCUGCGGAUCCGUUCAGCAUGGAGAUCGCGAGGAGGAGGAGGUCGCUGUGCUCGAGCCGUCGCCGCCGGUCGGCGGCGGUGGGGCGGAAGGUGCGGGAGCUGCGCCGGCUGGUGCCCGGAGCGUCCGUUAUGCCCACCGACCGGCUGCUCCUUCGUACGGCCGACUACAUCGCGCAGCUCCGGGCCAGGGUGGAGCUCCUCAGGGCGCUCUCGGAGCUCUGCGAAGGCCAUGGCCAUGGCGACUCCCCUAGCUAGUUGGCUGCCUGUGGUAUGCCGUAUAUAUACGUGGAUAUCUCGCACGUAUAAAGGGGAGGUAUAUAUUGAACAAUUAUGGUUGAUUAAGUAGCGUAUAAUUGAGUACUACCUAGGUGCGAAUAUGCAUACGAAUCGUAUGUGUUCCAGAAGUAUAUAGGAGGUUUGUUUUUCUGUCCAAUAUCUCUUGUAAUUUUCGCGUCCGAUUCAUAUUCUUUGUGUAUUCAUGUACUCCUACUUGUGAUCGUCGAUCAAUCUUGCGGUGUUAUGGUAAAAAAAUCAUGACAAAUAUAAGUUUUGUCGCACCUA